CUGCCCGCCGCCCUCCGUCGUCGUCCUCCUCCUCUCUCCGCGGCCUGCCAUGUCCGGGGUGGUGCGGACCCUGAGCCGCUGCCUCCUGUCGGCCGACGCGGCGUCGGGCCGGGGCGAGAGGCCGCCGCCGGGCGAAGGGGGAAAGGAAGGCGGGCGGGACGCGGAGCGCGAGGCCCGGCGCCGCAGCCGCGAGAUCGACGCGAUGCUGGCCCGCGAGCGGCGCUCGGUGCGGCGCCUGGUCAAGAUCCUGCUGCUGGGCGCCGGCGAGAGCGGCAAGUCCACCUUCCUCAAGCAGAUGCGCAUCAUCCACGGCCGCGAGUUCGACCAGAAGGCGCUGCUGGAGUUCAGGGCCACCAUCUACGAGAACGCCCUCAAGGGCUGCAGGGUUCUAGUCGAUGCACGGGACAAACUAGGGAUCCCUUGGCAGUAUACAGAGAAUGAGAAGCAUGGAAUGUUUCUAAUGGCCUUUGAAAAUAAAGCUGGGGUGCCCAUUGAGCCUUCUACGUUCCAGUUGUAUGUACCUGCCCUGACUUGCCUGUGGAAGGAUGCUGGGAUCAAGGAGGCAUUUAGCCGUCGAAGUGAAUAUCAGCUGGGUGAAUCAGUGAAAUAUUUUCUGGAUAAUUUGGACCGGAUUGGCCAAUUGAACUAUUUUCCCAGUAAGCAAGACAUCUUGCUGGCUAGAAAAGCUACCAAGGGGAUUGUGGAGCAUGACUUUAUCAUCAAGAAGAUUCCUUUCAAAAUGGUUGAUGUGGGUGGACAGCGGUCUCAACGCCAAAAAUGGUUUCAGUGUUUUGAUGGGAUAACAUCUAUACUAUUCAUGGUCUCCUCAAGUGAAUAUGAUCAGGUCCUUAUGGAAGAUAGACGCACAAAUAGACUAGUUGAAUCUAUGAACAUCUUUGAAACCAUUGUCAACAACAAGCUCUUUUUUAAUGUCUCCAUCAUUCUCUUCCUUAACAAAAUGGACCUACUUGUGGAGAAAGUGAAGAAUGUCAGCAUUAAGAAGUACUUCUCAGACUUCAGGGGUGAUCCUCACCGGCUGGAAGAUGUUCAGCGUUACCUGGUACAGUGUUUUGACAGAAAGCGGCGGAAUCGCAGUAAACCCCUCUUCCAUCAUUUCACCACAGCCAUAGACACUGAAAACAUCCGCUUUGUGUUCCAUGCUGUGAAGGAUACAAUCCUUCAGGAAAACCUUAAGGAUAUUAUGUUGCAGUGAAGAAAAACUGAAGAAAAACUGUCUGUUCAAACCUAGCCUAGCUGAAGGCCCAACCUUUAUAGCCUAUACGAUGGAUUUUUUAAAAAAAGAUCCAUACUUGGCUCAAGGAAGCUGCAAAAUAGCCAGUCCCAAUGGAGGAGCAACAAGCAGAAGGAUUGUGAGAGCUCAAGCUAGCUACUGUAUCACUUAACUAAAAAAAAAACAAAAAACUACUGAAAGUAGUAAAUUGCAAGUGCAGUGCCUUCUUUUGAACUCCAAAUAACAUUAUUGCCUUCUGCCUUUUGAAAAGAUAAUUCUAAGUUUGAAAAAUGACGUAAAGACAUUUUGUGUUUUUUAAUCCACUGUCAUUGUGCAAGAGAGUUUGUUGGUUGUAAAGCCUGUCUGCCUCACUUGUUUUGGGUGCUGAAUUAACAAAUCGAGUAAGUUCAUUGAUACUUCUAUUUGGAGAAUACAUUGCAAUAUGUCAAUAUCUAGGUUUGGUGUACGCAAAAUUGUUUGCCAGUAACCAGACUGUGCUUGCCAAAAUGAUUAUCCAGCUCUUCUUUGAGACUCUCUACAGUUUCCCUCUUGUCGAAGUUUACAACUGUAAAUUGAACUUGGCUGGCCACAUUAGUGAAUUUCAUUUUAGCAAUUGGCCUGAAAGGGGGCAGAAAUCCAAGACCUGGGUUGGUGCAGCACAGGGCUGUACUUUGCACUACAUGUUACAGUGUUUAUUGCAUCAUGGAAAAUAAGACUUUUAUUUUAUUUUUAUUUUACUUUUCAUAUAGCAUGAGGCUGGAGCUCACACAGAUGCUCUGCUGAGACAUUAACUCUGUUCUCAAACCUAUAGUUGGAACUAUAUGAAAACUUUCUCUUGACAGAAUAUUAUGUAUGAGACAUAUUAUGGGCGUUCUCAUAAAAGGGAAGCUAAUGCUAUUCCUUAGCCAAAUGUUUGGUAAGCAGAGGCUGCUCAUAGCACUAAAGCCAAAUGCUCUUGAGGUUUCCACUUUACAGCUGCACUGAGUUUGGAAAGAAGAGCUCUGCUUUGAACUAAUCCUUAAUUGUUGCUGUAUGAAUUUACUAGGUUAUAUAAUAUACACUUAAAAUAUUGUAAACUGUCAAGUUUAAAGUUGCCCCUUUAAGGCUACUACAGAGUACAUGUGAAUUUGCAGGAGGCUGUGAAUAAUGUUGAUGUGAACUUCCUUUUUAAUUCUAAAGUGUUGAAUUUAACUAUGGGUGCCUAUUUUGUGCGUACUGAUGUUUCACACUCUUUCUGAUAUGAGGUAUGUAUUAACUACACUAAACCCUACAUUUUCAGUGCUUUAGACUUUAUUCAGGGAUCUUCUUAAACAUAAGAAAUGUUUACUAUAAUUUUGGUACCAUACUUGUCAUAUCAAAUUAUAAAGGGCUUAUUCUUUCGUGUAUCAGAAUGCUGUAGCUUAUGCCCCUCUGGAACAGUCAUGUCUUACACAGUAGGCAAAACUCCAGGUAUAAAUGCCACCAAUAACAGCAAACUAAAACAAAUCUCUCAUGACUUCUGCUUGGACAAAUUCCAGGAUUUUUUUUCCCUGUGGGGAUUACUCACAUUUAUAUAAGCAUGUUUUUGUGUGGUGUACCCUACUUUGAACCAGAAAUUUUCCACUCUUAUAGUGAUGUUUGUGCAAAAUCAAGCUAAGUUUUGGAAAUUAAGAAAGCGUUUGUCUCCUACUUUUUAUCUAAAACUAAAAUUUCAAUAAGACAACAACCACAUAGUGACUGCAGACAUUUCAACCUUUUGAGAUGAAAUUACAUUUGGAGACUGUCUAGUGACACUUGUCUUACUUUCUAGGACCAAUUAUUUUACCAUUUUCAUAUCUGCUUCUAGAAAAGAAAACAGUAUUGCAAUUUUGCCAUGAGUACGCUAAAGUGUUGAAUAAUUUUGCAGGCUAUGAAUGGCUAUUCAAGGGUUAAGGGGAAAGCAUCUCAGCUACGAUUGCCGAUUUCUAUUCAUUGGGUUUCUUCAUUGAUGUCUCUUUUGAAAAUUGAAAUUCCACAUGCCUAAAAAGAUGUUUGAUUUGUGUUUCUCAAAUAGCUAUCUUGACAUGAGAAGUUUCAAGAGCAGUUUGUGAUGUGGAAUAUGCACCUGCUUUUAAAGGAGAAAAUUCCCAUUAGACAUGUUCACAACCCAUGGCAUUCAUAAGUAGCUCUUAUGUAUUCUGGUCACAGUAUUUUAAUUUGCUUCCUCAGCAGUAAUAUACAAUCUAGAAGGAGCCUUGACUAUUCAAUUAAAAAAUUGAACUUUAUGUAUUUUCUACCCAAAAGUGCCUCGGUUUUGCCUAUUAACUUUUCUUUGCCCUUAAGUGGCAGGGAGUAGCACAAACCCAUUUAUAACAAUCUGAACUAUGCCACCACUUGCAUUUUAAAAUAAAAACUUAGAAAUAA